AUGGCAGCGAGACGCUCAUCGCGGGUACUCCGCGUGCUGGGCUAUGCAGGAGCGGCGGGUGGUGUGACGGCAGCCGGCCUUUACUAUGUGUAUCGGCCGCGAUCCAUUCCGGGAUUGGAUGUUUCCGUUGCGCCUCCUCCUACAUACGGACAAGGAAACACCUUCACUCCGCCGCAUUUCCCUCACAUCAAGACGAGAGAAGAGCAGAUUGCGGAUCUGAAAGCUAGUGCAGGAGCUGCUUUCCAGCAGGCAAAAGACAAGAUCGCUGGAGCUCUCGGUGGCGAGGCGAAGGAGGAUCGCAGCGCUGAAUAUGAUCUUUUGAUCAUUGGUGGCGGCGCCACCGGCACAGGAAUCGCGCUCGAUGCAGCAUCCCGAGGACUCAAGGUUGCUCUGGUCGAGAGGGACGAUUUCGCGGCGGGCACCAGCAGCAAGAGCACGAAGCUCGUACAUGGAGGUGUGCGCUAUCUCGAAAAGGCCGUCUGGGAACUGGACAUCAACCAAUACAACCUCGUCAAGGAAGCUUUGCGUGAACGCAAAUACUUUCUCGACACGGCCCCACAUCUCUCCCAAUGGCUUCCCAUUAUGAUUCCCGUCAACAAGUGGUGGCAAGCGCCCUACUUUUGGGCGGGAACCAAGGCUUAUGACUUCCUGGCUGGCUCUGAGGGUAUCGAAACUUCCUACUUCUUGACUAGAAGCAAGGCUUUGGAUGCAUUCCCCAUGCUGAAGAGGGACAACCUUGUUGGCGCGCUGGUAUACUACGAUGGCGCUCACAACGACUCUCGCAUGAAUGUCUCACUCGCAAUGACUGCUGCUCUCUAUGGCGCAACUCUGGUCAACCACAUGGAAGUCACCUCGCUCGAAAAGGAUGCCAAUGGCCGUCUCUGCGGAGCUCGGGUCAAGGACAUGAUUCCGGAAAGAGACGGCUCCAAKGUCGAGGAGUUCACGAUCAAGGCAAAGGGAGUAAUCAACGCCACUGGACCAUUCACUGACUCCAUCCGCAAGAUGGACGAUCAGGAGGUGGCCGAGAUUGUAGCUCCAAGCUCUGGAGUCCAUGUCAUCCUUCCCGGCUACUUCUCACCUUCGAACAUGGGAUUGAUCGAUCCGAAGACUUCAGAUGGUCGUGUCAUCUUCUUCCUUCCAUGGCAGGGAAACACCAUCGCCGGAACCACGGAUGCUCCUUGUGACAUUGCACAGAACCCGAUCGCACAGGAAGAGGAGAUUGAAUGGAUCUUGAAAGAGGUUCAGAACUACCUCCAGCCUGAGAUUAAUGUUCGUCGCGGUGAUGUCCUCGCAGCUUGGUCUGGUAUUCGUCCUCUUGUUCGUGACCCCAAGCAAGCCAAAUCUGAAGGUCUCGUCCGCAACCAUCUCCUCACCACUUCCGACUCUGGCCUACUCACCAUCUCCGGCGGCAAAUGGACCACCUACCGCCAGAUGGCCGAGGAAGCUGUUGACGAGUCGCUCAAGGAAUUCGGAUUGAAGGCCAGCCCACACCCCAACCGACCUCUCGUCAGUGGUGUUGAAGGUUUCCAAGACAACACCACUCUUGAUGGAAGCUGCCAAACUCACGCGGUCCGUCUGAUCGGAGCCCACGGAUUCUCCAAGACCCUCUUCAUCAACCUGAUCCAGCACUACGGCAUCGAAACCGAGGUCGCCAAACAUCUUACUGAGUCGUAUGGUGACCGCGCCUGGACUGUCGCAGCGCUGUGUGCACCCACCAAUGCCCGUUUCCCGGUGCGUGGUGAGCGUAUUUCAGAGUUGUACCCCUAUGUGGAUGGUGAGGUUCGCUACGCCGUGCGCCAUGAGUACGCGCAGAGUGCUGUGGAUGUCAUUGCUCGCCGUACGAGACUGGCAUUCCUCAACGCUCAAGCCGCACUUGAGGCAYUCCCUCGAGUCAUCGAUUUGAUGGCCGAGGAGUUGAACUGGAGCAAGACGCGGAAGGCUGCUGAGUGGAAGGACUCUGUUAGCUUCCUCGCUUCUAUGGGAUUGCCAAAGCACAAGUUGAGUCUAAGCCGCGAGGAUGUUGAGAACGGUCGCGUUGGUCAAUACACCGAUGAGGAGUUUGGCCUUUAUGCUCGCCAUGACAAACCUGACGAGGUCCUCAACUCCGACAUCAAGACCGUUUCCAAGGGCACAGGUAACCCCACCUUGGGCAAAGACUCGCCUGCAAACGCUUGA